AUGGAGCGGCCCGGCCAGGCGCCCUCGCGAGAGGGCGACGCAGAGGCUGCGGCCGCUCCGGUGCAGCAGCCCUUGACCGGCGACCACGGGGUGUUCAACAACCCUCUCACGGCAGACGUCGACGGCACCCAGUGUCGCGACUCGACCCUGGGCGUGGACGGGGUGAAGUGGGCGUUUGCGCCAUAUUUCCGAGAUGCCGUAUUCGGGCCGCACGUGGACGAGAACAUCACUCUGAGCCGGUGGCCAUCACUGUACACUGCGCAGCACCUUCUGUAUGACUGCAAGACCGCGAACGACUGCCCAAAGCGGAGGACUCACAUUGCCAACGUCGUCAGCCAGAUGAGACACCAGAAGGAAUGCGUGGAGCUCAUCCACAAGAGGGAGAAGGCUACAGGGAGCAGGUACGACAUAGUGGUGAAGGUUCGCGACAACACCAUCGCUCUGCGGCCCGUGGUCCCCGAGAAGCUCUUCUCGAUCCGGGAAGUCGUCCUCAAGCACUGCAACUGGUGGGGCGGCGUCCACGACAAAGUCAUGGCGCUCCCGCGAGAGUACCUCGAGAGCAGCCUGGGUGCCACGUAUCCCUCCAUGCUGGGCGUCAUGAACGACGACCCCCCGAACCCAAAGUACCAUCAGAUGACGAGGGCGGAGAACACGGAGCAGGUUGUUUUAUUUACCCUCACCGCGAAUCGAGUCCCCUUCCGCCAGAUGGAGUUCGAGAUAGGAGAUCGAGCUGGUGCGGACUACCUGCCCUUCGUAGACGGCAGGUGCUACCCCAGCGCGGACCCGGGGGGCGAGGCGCGCUGGUGCAUCGUGUCUCACUGCAAGGACUGCUGGCCGAGCGCGCCCUGGACGUACGACGCCACCUGCGAGAUCGCCGUGACCGGCCAGGAGGUGCCGCCGCCUGGCGGCACGGUCGCCAACAGGGAGAACGCGUCCUUCGAGCAGACGCUCGCGGUUCCCGACCCAGAGCGGGAAUGCCUCAAGCCCAUUUACCGAUGA